AUGAGCUCAACACUGGCCCUCUUCACCGCCAUCGUACUCAUGGCGUCGAGCACAGUUUUGUCCCUAAAAGUCGGUGACGACUGUGAUCUCGGAAACCGGCGCCGAAUCGGCAAGGGAAGUUACUACGAGGCAUGUGUGAGCAAAUACGAGACAGCCGGAUGCUUUGCCAGUUGGGAACAGGACGAGAAAUCGCAAUUCGUGAAGAACGAGGAGACAAUCGAUCGAAUGUACAAGAAUAAUGCCGUCGGAUUCAGAUAUAAAUGUGAGAUGAGCAAUGGAUACAUCUCGUUUGCUCCGAUUGGUUGUGUGCUCAAUAAGAAGGCGGGGCUUGAGCUGUUGGAGUUGAAUGCCAGCGGACAACUUGAUAAUAGACAAAAUGUGAAAUGUAAGCAGAAUAACGAAGGAGAAUUCAGUUUUGAAUUCGGAUCAGAAGCUCAGAAGAAGAAUUAA